AUGCUCGCCAAAUUCUCAGAUAAGAGACAAGAUAUAACCAUAGCGGCCAGGACUUCACAAACUCACUAUCUUGACAACCCAAAUAACAAUGCUGAUAUACUGGACGUAGCUAUUCUUAAAACAGGGAAACUAAGGUACACGAUAAAAAAUCUCAUAGCUGAACUUUCUUCCAAUCACACCCCUAUCAUUCUUGAACUACAAUCCCAAGGCACUGAAACCCUACCACCAAAAGCUUUCAAACAUACAGAUUGGAUCAAAUUCAAUCUCGAUACUAAAAAUAUUAUCUUUAAUCUCAAGAAAAUGCAAAGUUCAGAACAAGUUUACCAAGCCAUCACUGAACUCACAACAAAAAUAGCUUCCUCCUUAAGCAAUAACUCCUAUACCAAUCCAAAAGAUCAAACCCCCAAAGUGCCCAUCAAAAUCCUAAACGCAAUCCACAAAAAACGCAAACUGAGAAAAAAACUGGCAACAUACAAGAAACCCAGACGUUAA